AUGAUCGCGGCAGUAGCAGCAUUGGUUAAUGUACUCUUCAUUUUACAAGGACCUGGUUUGGUAAACGCUCGUCUAAAAGCCCGGCUAGCUGGCGAUGAUGGUUACAAGUCUGUCUCCUCCGGCCUCCUCCAAAUAACGGAUACCAACACCAGCAGCCCUGAUAAUGGGGUGUGGCACACACCCUUCUUCCCACCGCUCUUCUCCUGGCACUCCCUGCCCAGGGUACUCAACGUGGUCUGCCGCGAGCUCGGGUUCCCCGAUGGAGCCGUGUUUGGCGCAAUUGAUGAGGGGAGGAUGUACAUGGGGUACUUAUUGCUCGAUCCUCGACGGCUGGAAGACAUCCUUUGCGGUGGAGAGGAGAUGGGGAUAGAUGAAUGUUUCCUGCGGAAAUGGAGCCAUGCUGAAGAUGGUCUUAACAGCGUUGGAGUAAACUGCUAUAACUGGCAUUGUGAAGCCUACUUGGAAGGGUAUUACGAAAACCGUCAUUACCAUUGCCAAUGCGAUCCGUACUGUGAGCUCUUUGGCGAUUGUUGCUCCGAUCAUAACGAUCCCAAAAUGAUGGCUCGACGUCGGGACUUUUUCGGCAACUCCUGGACAAGCGUCAUACCAGAUCUCGCUUUCUGGUCAUGUGUUGAUCUGCCCUUCGGAGCACGCGUAGAGGAAGGGAUUUGGUUGGUCACCAAAUGCCCGCAGUCGUACCAAGAUCUGACGGUUAAGCAACUCUGUGAGGCAUCAUCGAAUGGACACGUUGACCGACCCGUCUAUGACCCGGAAGGUAUUCACUUCCGAAACGUGUAUUGCGCCCUCUGUCAUGGCUCAGAAAACACGACCAUGUGGGAUGUGUGCAUCUCUAAAAGUGAAAAUAUCCUAAACAAGAACGAAACAUUCUUUUACGUACGCCCUGGAUAUUCUAACUCUAGUAACCAACUUCCGGAAGAAUAUUUUGCCCCUCGACCAUGUAUCAGCAAUAUCAUUCGCGAGUGUAGACCUGAUCUCAAAGGUUCUUUUCGCAACAUAGAUAUAGCCUGUCGAACCCUUACUGGGGACAUUGCCGAGGAGAAGGGUAAAGUCUUUGCGAAUAGUAACUGCGCUAUUUGCAAUGGUGCUUUGGACGCUGGCAAAACUUGUGUGUAUAAUUUAGGCUUCGAUGAUACGUUCAGACACGUCCCCUGGUAUGAGAAAUUCGAGAUCUUUUGUAACCCUGAACUGAAGCUGGUCAACGGGCGAUGCGUGCCACCAGGAAGAGCAUACUGGCCACACUGCAAAAGUGUGUCCUCACAGCUGACCAUAGAAGAUCAUCAACAGGACCAAGCCUGGGAUUGCUCCGGAGAGGACGCUAACAUCUUCCGAUAUCUUGAGGAGUCCUCAGUGAGCAUUGGUCUGUUCACUGUUCUCCACGAAGACCACGUCAUCGUCGAGGUAGACCUGAUGGCAAUACAUAACAUGUCACGUGGUAUAGAUUCUUAUAUAGCUGCGAAUCCCCGAGAUACAAGGUUACUUUGUGCGCCCACUCGCAUCAGAUUGGAUCAUGGCUGCAAGGUCCUUGUAGAGCAUUCACGCGAAUCAUUCGUUCAAAACGGGGAGUGGGUCCAUGGGGACCUUUCAGACUUCGAACCAGUUAUAAUAGGAGGAGAAAAUCUACUUCUCUUUCGACAGCGGUUAUUCCUCUCUAGUACCAUUUACCACAAUUCUACUAUCUAUGCUCUCAACGAAGAUAAAUCUGGGUAUACCAAAACAUAUUCCGUGAGUGUGUUCGGCGUGAAGCGAGAUAUUUCGAAUUGUGUCAUGGCGAUCUUGACACCGCCUCAGUUUGGAAUCCUUACUGUUGAAGCAAAUUUCUUGAUUGUAUCUAGAGGGAUAUUCUUUCACCCAAGUGAAUACUUCAUCUUCGACAACGAUUCGGUGUUGGUGUGUCUUCGGACGCCCGAAGACGUCAAACUCUUCAUGGAUAGAUCGGGGUUCUUGACAAUUACGACCCUGGGUCGUGUUGGCUUUGGCAUCUCUUCUGUAAGUUUGGCAUUGACCCUCGUCACGUACUCUCUCUUUCAAGAGCUUCGCAAUCUCCACGGAUUGGUCAUCAUCAACAUGGUCCUGGCUUUGCUUUUGUCUCACAUCCUCUUGGCGUUUGUCGCAGAGUUUGUGACUCAUCUGCCAGUCGUUUGUACUGCCAUCGCUGCCUCUUCCCACUACUUCUGGUUGGCUACGUUCUUCUGGAAAACAGUUCUUGCCUUUGACCUUUGCAAGACCCUCUCAUCCGACCCAGCUACUGCCCUUCUUGCCAACUCAGGCAAGGUUAGGAAAUUCCUUGUCUACUCCGCCGUCGGCUGGGGGGUUCCCUUCGUCAUUCUCGCCACCUGCCUUGGGUUUCACUUCCAUCCUUGGCAGGAGGAGUCGUUGCUGCGGUAUGGAGUCAUGGAAAAUGCUGACAUGUGCUGGAUCGUUCAGCCCAUGGCUAAUGUUGUCGCAUUUGCAAUCCCGUGCGCCAUUUGCCUCUGUGUGAACGGGGUCCUCUUCAUAUCUACAAUGAGGAACAUGCUGAAGGUUCGGCGACAACCGGGAAACGUGAACGGUACCAACACAAUUCUCCACAAGAACGGAUGGCGAGUCGACCUGUUGAUACAUGCGAAGAUUUCGGUGCUAUUGGGAUUCACUUGGAUAUCUGGAUUUGUCGGUAGCUUCCUUCAACUCGAUGCCAUGUGGUAUGUGUUCGUCAUCAUCAACUCACUGCAAGGGGUGGUCAUCUUCGGUUUCUUCGGACUCAACAAGAGAGUGCGAUCCCUCUGGAGAGGUAUCUUCUGCUGCCAUUGUAACAAGUAG